AUAUUAAAUAUGAGAUACAUCAGCACCCGAGGAGGAGCUGGAACCACUGAUUUUGAAGGUGUUCUUUUUUCUGGGUAUGCAAUUGAUGGCGGCCUUUUCAUGCCUGAAAGCAUCCCAGUCUUGGACUUCGACACACUUAAGACCUGGAGUACCUUCUCCUAUCCGGAAUUGGUUAAACAGCUAUGCUCUAUCUUCAUAUCACCCGAACUCAUUCCUAAACCAGAGCUAAGUGACCUGGUUGAUAAGGCAUUCAGCAGAUUCAAACACAAGGAAGUUAUCCAUCUGUCAAGAUUCAAGAAUGGCUUGAAUGUUUUGGAGCUCUGGCAUGGGCCAACAUAUGCUUUUAAGGACCUGUCCUUGUCCUGUACUGGGCAGUUCCUGCAAUACUUUCUGAAGAAAAGGAAGAAGCAUGUCUCAAUCUUAGUGGGAACUUCAGGAGAUACCGGCAGCUCAGCAAUAGAAAGUAUCCGGGGUGACAAAAAUAUGGAUAUAUUUGUUCUGUUGCCCCUUGGUCUUUGCAGCCAAGUUCAAGAACUACAGAUGACAACUGUGAUUGAAGAGAAUGUCCACGUUUUUCUCACGGAAGGAAAUAGUGAUGAAAUUGAUGAGCCAAUCAAAGAAUUGUUUGCAGAUGUGGAUUUCUCAAGCAAACACAAACUAAUGAGUCUGAAUUCCAUCAACUGGUCCAGGAUUCUGGUUCAGAUUGCUCAUUACUUCUAUGCCUACUUCCAGUGCGCUCCAUCCAUGGAUAACCUCCCAUUGCCAGUUGUGGAAAUUGUUGUUCCAACUGGGGGAGGAGGAAACCUUACAGGUUAGUGAAUCCUUAUAAAAUAUUUAUUUAAAAAUAUAUAUAUUUAUUGAGUGAAUUUCAAUAAUUACAACCAGAUAAAACUUGUGAGGAGGGUGUCUUAGGAUAAUAGGAAAGGGUUUUGGGGUAUAAAGGGG